AUGAGCCAGGCCGAUGUAUCAGGAGGUGGUGAUGAAGGAGCAGAAAUUGAUAAAGGAAAGCAGAAGGAAGUUGGCGAAGAAGGAGCCAUAAUUGAUAAAGGAAAGCAGAAGAAAGUUGGCGAAGAAGGAGCCGUAAUUGAUAAAGGAAAGCAGAAGGAAGUUGGCAAAGAAGGAGCUGUAAUUGAUAAAGGAAAGCAGAAGGAAGUUGGCGAAGAAGGAGCCGAAGUUGAUAACAGAAAGCAGAAGAAAGUUGGUGAAGAAGGAGCCAAAGUUGAUAAAGAAAAGCAAAUGGAAGUUGACGAAGAAGGAGCCGAUAUUGAUAAAGGAAAGCAAAAGGAAAUUGGCGAAGAAGGAGCCGAAGUUGAUAAAGGAAAGCAGAAGAAAGUUGGUGAAGAAGGAGCCGAAGUUGAUAAUGGAAAGCAGCAAGAAGUUGGCGAAGAAGAAGCCGAAGUUGAUAACGGAAAGCAGAAAGAAGUUGGCGAAGAAGAAGCCGAAGUUGAUAAAGAAAAGCAAAUGGAAGUUGACGAAGAAGGAGCCAAUAUUGAUAAAGAAAAGCAGAAGGAAAUUGUUG